AUCAUUUCCUCUCACCACACCCAAACCUUCCAUUAUUAUACUGUGUAUGGUUGGACCAUCCCGUUCCGUUUCGUUCCGUAAUUCCAUCUUCCACUCUUCACCUUCUUCAUCAUAUCCCCUUCCUUUCUGGGAGAAAUAAUGGCGGCGGCGAACAACGGAGAGUUUAGCUUCUCCACCGCCGGAAAAGGGCGGAAUGGACUGCCGAAAAUCCAGACGCAGAAGACGACGAAGGAGGACGAGAUCUGCCACGACGACAGCGCGAAGCCGGUGAAUGCUAAGACGCUGGAGGAGUUGCACUCGCUGCAGAAGAAGAAGUCCGCCCCUACCACCCCGCUCACCGGAACUCAGACCGCCUUCGCCGCCGCCGUCUCCGAGGAAGAGCGGCAGAAACAACAGUUGCAUUCCAUCAGUGCUUCGUUGGCAUCGCUGACGAGGGAGACUGGGCCGAAUGUGGUGAAGGGAGAUCCGGCGAGGACGACGCCGGAGACGCCGCGGGUGUCACAUGACUCGCACGUGAGUCACCAUCAUCACGCGCCGACGCUCAACAUCAGUGACAGUUCCCUCAAGUUUACCCAUAUUCUCUACAAUCUUUCUCCUGCUGAGCUUUAUGAGCAAGCGUUGAAGUAUGAGAAAGGUUCGUUUAUCACGGCCAGUGGUGCACUGGCUACACUGUCGGGAGCCAAAACAGGUCGCUCCCCGAGGGACAAGCGUGUUGUUAAGGAUGACAGUACCAAUGAUCUUUGGUGGGGAAAGGGCUCACCUAAUAUUGAAAUGGACGAACAUACUUUCUUGGUGAACAGAGAAAGGGCUGUUGAUUACCUAUGCUCUUUAGAAAAGAUUUUUGUGAACGAUCAGUUUCUGAAUUGGGAUCCGAACAACCGUAUCAAAGUUAGGAUUGUGUCUGCAAGAGCUUAUCACUCCUUGUUCAUGCACAACAUGUGUAUCCGACCCACAGCUGAAGAGCUGGAGAAUUUUGGUACUCCGGACUUCACUAUAUACAAUGCGGGCCAAUUCCCAUGUAACCGUUACACCCACUAUAUGACUUCCUCCACUAGCAUAGACCUCAAUCUUGCUAGACGGGAAAUGGUCAUCCUUGGCACACAGUAUGCUGGGGAAAUGAAGAAAGGUCUGUUCAGCGUAAUGCACUAUCUAAUGCCUAAGCGUCAAAUCCUCUCUUUACACUCGGGAUGCAAUAUGGGAAAAGACGGAGAUGUAGCCCUCUUCUUUGGAUUAUCAGGUACGGGAAAGACGACAUUGUCUACGGACCACAAUCGGUACCUGAUUGGAGAUGAUGAACAUUGUUGGAGUGAUUAUGGUGUAUCGAACAUCGAGGGAGGUUGCUAUGCGAAAUGCAUUGACCUCUCGAGGGAGAAAGAGCCCGAUAUCUGGAAUGCUAUCAAGUUUGGCACGGUCCUAGAAAAUGUGGUUUUUGAUGAACACACUCGCGAAGUCUACUAUGAAGAUAAAUCUGUAACAGAGAACACUCGGGCAGCAUAUCCGAUAGAAUACAUUCCCAACGCUAAGAUUCCGUGCGUUGGUCCUCAUCCGAAAAACGUCAUUCUUCUCGCCUGUGAUGCCUUUGGUGUGCUUCCACCCGUGAGCAAAUUGAAUUUGGCUCAGACGAUGUACCAUUUCAUUAGUGGUUACACCGCUUUGGUGGCUGGAACCGAGGAUGGUAUAAAGGAACCUACUGCGACAUUCUCUGCGUGCUUCGGUGCAGCGUUUAUAAUGUUCCAUCCCACCAAGUAUGCGGCUAUGUUGUCUGAGAAGAUGCAGAAACAGGGAGCAACCGGAUGGCUCGUGAACACUGGCUGGUCGGGUGGAAGCUAUGGAGUUGGCAGCCGUAUAAAGUUGGCGUACACUAGGAAGAUCAUUGACGCAAUUCACUCCGGGAAACUCUUGGAAGCGAACUACACAAAGACUGAGGUGUUUGGCUUCGAGAUCCCAACAGAGAUCGAGGGAGUGCCUUCUGAAAUCCUGAACCCCAUCAACACUUGGCCCGACAAGGAUGCCUACAACAAAACCCUGCUCAAGUUGGGAGGGCUGUUCAAGAACAACUUUGAGGUGUUCCUGAACUAUAAGGUUGGGGCAGACAACAGCCUGACUGAGGAAAUUCUGGCGGCUGGUCCGAACUUCUAAGGCGAUAAACCCGGCUGCUGGUUGCAAAGGAUGAUGCCGAAAAAGAUUAUCAAGAAAUAAAGUUUUAUGAGCAGACUUUGUAAUGUUGAGUGUUUUUUUUUUUUUUUUUUAAACUUGUUUUCAUUUCUGUUUUGAGUGGUUAGGAGCUUUUUACAUUCUUUGUUUCUGGGGUUUUCUCCCCUAGUGUACUGCUGCAGAUUUUCAUCUGCUAAUUAUACUGAAAAGUGAAAACCCCAGCUUGUUUUAAGCA